AACCAGUUAGCUGUUAGCGGAUGCUAGCAGUAUUUAGCAUCUACUUGAAACAUACUUCAACAAGUAAAAUUUGAUUUCGUCUUUUGAAGAUGGACAAAUUUGUAGUGCAGCUACCCAAAGGCGAAAAACCCAAACAAUCGAAAAGUGACGAGAAGGUUUACAAGCAAGCUACAAUUGAAUCCUUACGGAGGGUGGUUGUGAUUGAGGACAUCCUGCGCUAUAAGUCCAUGCUGGAGCUGCCAGAUCAGAGCAAAGACAACCUGCUGAGUGCCCUGCUGGAGCUGAGCAAAAAGAUCCCAUCCAGAGAGGUGCUAAAGUCCACCAAGAUAGGUCACACCGUCAACAAAAUGCGAAAACAUCUGGAUUCCGAGGUGAGUUCAGUGGCAGCCAAAGUUUACACCGACUGGAGGACUUUUAUUGAGGAGAGUUCCAACAAGCCCUCUAUUGAAGUACGCUCCGACAAGCAGUCCGAAGCACUCAGGAGCAACGCACGAAGACUGCUGGCUAAUGCACUGGAGGUCCAGGAGGAUUCUGGGCUCAUAGACAACAUCGAAAGAGAAGUUUUUCACCGGAGCCGCCGGUUAGUCAGCAGCUCAUACAGACGGACUGUUAGAGCCUUGGUGUUUGCCCUCAAACACAACCCUGAUAUCAGAAAUCAAACAAAGGACAGUCAAAUAUCAGUCAAUGAACUGGUUUCUAAAUACAAAAAAUAAGUGAAAAUUUCAAAACAGACUGAACUUUGGACUCCAUAGUUUUUAACGCAUUCACAUUGUUUUAGGUUUUAAUGUUUUUAAAUGUUUCUUUGGGUAUUUUCUCUUGAGAAGAGACAAAACACUUUUUACACUUUGUGGCACAUCAAUAACGUUACACUUUUUUCUACAUAUAUACAGAUAAAUAAAAAA